CCUACAGCUCGCUCCGCAGUGGCUCGUGGGCAGCGCGCCUGCGCGCUACGCCGUACGUAUCACUAACGUAUUAAAAACACAAGAAAUACGAAUCCUUGUUAUUUGUUACAAUAUCUAUAGUGCUUGUUUGUUACUUCACAGUUCGAAUGAACACGAAAAUUCAAUACGAAAGAUGAGAUUACCGAAAUUGGAUAUGUCGAUGAAGAAGACGUGCAAGCCAGCUAUGCUGAGCAGGAUCUGGCAAGCUAGCCGACGAGCCUUGAACUUGGAACAUUCUCCUCCGCAAGUAUUCGCCUGUAGUCAGUGGCAGAAUGGAUCUCACCCGGUAACAUCCUAUUUUGUUUACAGGUGGCUACUAUUCCUCACUGUCCUAUCGAUUGGAAUAUCAAGUUUCGCCUGUCAACGUCUCCCACGAUUGUAUAAGGGGCCGAAAGUGGAGCUGAAUUACUUCAAAUGGUUCAUAUACUUCACCAACUGGGGCUACCUUCUCAUCGUAGUGCAAGCAGGUCUUGCGCUCGCGGUUGUCCAUCGAUACAAAUCACAGAGAUCUUUUAAUAUACCAUGUGAAGACGAAGAAAUCCCGAUGCCUCGUCGUCAGAGGACUCCGCUGCUGUGUCGAUCGUACUGGUUGGCUCACACCGUCGCAACUGACCUGGCUUUCGUCAUCACGCUCAUCUAUUGGACGUUGGUGCAUGAUCCUAAAAUCCAUGAAAUCAAUACCCUCAAUCUACUGGUCCACGGCGGAAAUUCACUAGUAAUGCUGCUGGAAUUGGCCGUCACUGCUCACCCAGUACGUGCUGCACAUGCAUUGUUCGGGGCCGGAGCAGGCCUCGCAUAUGGUGUAUUUAGCGGCUUCUACUGGGCGGUUGGAGGUACCGACAGAAUUGGACUACCUGCUAUAUAUCCAGCUCUUGAUUGGAAUAAACCAGCAUCAGCUCUGGGCUUCGUAGCACUUUGCGCAGCGGUGAUGAUGUUCGCGCAUGGCGUGGCAACGUGUCUUGCGUAUGCACGCUCCCGGCUGGCUGCGAGACUGCUGCCCGCUCGCGCACGGGCCGACCGACUCACGCUCCCCACGCACUGAGGAUCGAGAAAACGGCGCUAUCGUGUAAAGAACUACAGGAACGCUUACAGUUAUAGGUUUUAGGAGUAAGUGUUAAUUCUUAAAUUACAUUCCUUUAAGGACUGUUGUGAAAACGUUUACUGAGCGAAGAAGUGUGGAGUGAUAAUGAAAUACGGUUUCAGCAGAUCUUAAUGAGUGAUACCAUGACGCGUUAGUUAUAAAAACAAAAUCACCGAAACAGUGAAAUUAGUAAAUAAUAACUGCAAUACAAAACAAAAAAAAUCGAAUACCUUAUUAAAGAUAAUGUAUUUAAUA